GGGAGUUGAAAACAGACUUGUCUCUCCGCUCAAUUAUCGCCUCUUUUGCCCACCGAAUGUCGACUCAGUUGGGUUGUCCAUCUACGAAAGUUCGGCUUCCAUUAUGUUUGCGUUGUUUGAUUCUCCUUCCUUAUGGAAUAGUGUGGUUAUGCCUAUCCAUUCUGUUGGUCAUAGAGUGGCUUGUUCGAGGGUAUGCCUGAGUUCCUAGUGAGGAACUGUUAUGACAACGGCACUCAAUUCACAGCCCCUCCAGUGCCUCCCUCACUGGCGCUUGCCCCUUUCAUCGGCUCUAGCUCGGCAACUUGCAGUAUCUACUACCUGUCAUCGUCUCAAAUUAGUUGUAUUUCCGUCUGCCGCUAUUAGGGAGUCAGAUAACCACCUUGCGUUCGUCCAACAAGGCGACAACCUCACAAAGGAAAUUGAAAAAGAGAUCGAUUUUUGCAAAGCCAUGAUACCUGGCAAAGUCGAGGCGUAUCUUCAGAAAGUUUCACAAUCACAAUCACUGCGAGCACACUUGAAAACGCUAGAGAAAGACGUAGAGGACAUAACAUUCUUAUCUCGCACACAAGCUGUUGCGGAUCGCACUGGAUACCGUGGAUUUGCCGAUUGGGCAGAGAAAACAUCACGAACUCAUGAGCACCUUUUGUUGACUCUCGGGCAGGUUGCAUUCGUCGGUGCCGGCUUGACAUACGGCGCGAUAUUUGGGUCAUCAAGAGGUAACAUCGGGCUCAUGUGCUAUGCGUUUGCACUGUUCGACUGCGGUUUUAUUGUGCCAACCGUUGCGCUCGCACUAUUAAAAUGGGCUUCACAGCAACCCAAAGAUGCAGUAUUCGCCUCCCCACAAGUUUGGACACUGCUACUCAAUAUCUUCCUUUAUGGCUCAGCUGCCGCUAUCGGCGCUGCAAUAUGCUUGCUCAAUAUUUCUCUCCUCGUUUUGCACUUCUCAGUUGGCCAAAACGGUCAACUUACUGAUGCUAAGUUGCAGUUCAACGUUGAACCUACGCCAGCUGGGACCCUUGCUCUGGGAUGUUUUGGGCUUGCUGUGGUGGUUGUGGUGGUGUCUGGAUUAGCCUAUUACCUAGCGAACGGUUGGGAUGCAAUGAUAAAGGACCUUUUUGGUCGUAGAGAAUGCUGCAAGGAAGGAUUGCAGGACUACGUCCCCGUAUGAGAGCUGUGUAAUCGCCGAUGCGUCGAGUCUAGUUAUCAUCCAUGUCUAUGUCCACGGCAUUUGUCAAUGACCACACUAUUU